CCUCUGCUGCCUUACCAGUGAAUGGGGCCUUUGUGGGGGCUGCUCAUGCAUUCCAAGGGAAUUGUUGCAGGUGAAGGUACGCAAGCCAUCCCAAUCCUACCCUUUGGAUGACUGUUGCAGCUUAUAAUUUACAAGUUAAACAAAGAAACUACCGGCAAAAUGCUUUAAAAGUGCUAAGCUGUUUGCUGUUCCAUAUCUCUAAAGACUUGUAGCAACUGCAAGGGAGUGCUCAAGAGAGCUUGCAAAGUGGGAGGGAAGGAUUCAGGACUUUUACACCAGGAUCGUCAUGGCAGUAGAUGUCCCUGGACUGGUCUCUGUAAUUGUUUUUUAUGUUUGCAUCCUGGCCAUUGGAGUGUGGGGGUCCCAUAAAUCCAGAAAAGCUGAGAAGAGAUGUGAUGGCCCAAAAAGUGAGAUCUCCAUUGUUGGUGGGCGCGACAUCAGUGCCCUGGUUGGGAUUUUCACAAUGACAGCCACUUGGGUUGGUGGAGGUUACAUUAUGGGAACUGCUGAGUCUGUUUAUUCGCCCACUCAAGGCCUUGUCUGGGCUCUCGGCCCCCCUGCGUAUGCUCUAUCUUUUUUUAUUGGUGGACUGUUUUUUGCAAAACAAAUGAGGUCAAAGCGUUAUGUGACAAUGUUGGAUCCCUUUGAAAAACGCUAUGGCAGAGCAUUCACUGUGACUCUCCUGCUUCCUGCUCUCAUCAGUGACAUAUUAUGGGUUGCCUGCAUCCUUGCUGCUCUUGGUGGAACAAUGAGUAUAAUUCUUGGGUUAUCUUCCACCAUCUCCAUCAUCAUCUCAGCAGCUGUGUCUAUUGUCUACACAUUUCUGGGGGGCCUCUACUCAGUUGCAUACACGGAUAUCAUCCAGCUUUGUUUUGUCUUUAUAAGCCUGUGGCUCUGUGUUCCGUUUAUGGUGCUUAGUCCAGCAGUUACUGCCAUCUCACACACGCUGCCAAUCAACCAGUCACAUGACCAUCCAUGGGUAGGACAACUGGAGCUGGCAGACCUAGGAAAAUGGAUCGAUGAUUUUCUGCUGCUGGCUUUAGGGGGAUUGUCCUAUCAAGCUGUAUACCAACGGAUCCUCUCUGCAUCCUCCUCUGCUCAGGCACAGAUCACCUGUUUUGCUGCUGCUGUGACAGUUUUUAUCAUGGGAAUCCCAUCAGUUGUGAUUGGAGUAAUGGCUGCUGCUGCAGACUGGAACCAGACUGAUUACGGUCUCCCUCCUCCGUUUGAACGUGGAGAUGCCGGGAAGAUCCUGCCUCUCUCUCUGCAGCACCUCACACCCACCUGGGUGGCAGUGUUAGGCAUUGGUUCUGUGGCUGCAGCUGUUAUGUCCUCCAUGGACUCUGCGCUGCUUUCAUCAGCAUCUAUGUUUACACAAAACAUAUACAAGACAACUUUGAGGAAAAAGGCCUCAGAGAGGGAACUGCAGUGGGUGAUCCGCAUUUGUGUGCUGGUUGUAGGUCUGGCUGGAAUGGGUUUGGCCUUUGGGGAUGACAGUGUAGCAGCUUUCUGGUAUCUAAGCGGAGAUCUCCUCUAUUGCGUGAUUUUCCCACAACUGGUCUGUGUUCUGCAUGUCCAAUAUGCAAACACCUAUGGAGCUAUUACUGGCUUCGUGGUGGGUUUGUUGCUCCGGGUACUGGGCGGCGAGCCUGUUCUAGGGAUCCCUCCUCUGCUCCUGUACCCUGGAUGGAGGGAGGAGAAUAAUCGGAUCAUACAGUACUUUCCUUACAGAACUGUAGUCAUGCUGGCCUCUCUGGUGAGUAUUGUAGGAGUUUCAUGGCUGCUGGACGUAAUUUUUGAUCGUCAACUUGUCCCUGAGUCCUGGGACUUUCUGCAGGUUUUUAAAAAGAAAUAUGAGACCGAGGAGCAGGACAAAGAAUCUGAAGCUAGUGAGGAAAUGAACCAAGAUCACAAUACAAAAUUCUGAGCGAAAAUUAAGUGCAACUUAAAAGUACAACUAACAUACGCAGUUUAUCACAAGUAGUUGGUUUUAGGACUUGGGUUGGGUAUCAGGUAUUUGAAUUCUUCUCUUUUUUUCAUUUUUUUACAUAAACUACUGUAAGACAACGUUGGUUAUACACUGUCUGAUUGAUUUUACUUGAGAUUUUUAAAGUCUGUAAAAUAAGACCGCCAGUUAUUUACCUUUCAUUGUUUUGCAGUUAUGAAACCACACUGCAAAGUCUGCUUAUUUGAAAGUCUCUAGAAAUGCUCGAUAUUGAAUUGGUUAUAUUAUUUGUUGGUUAUCUCCCCCAUAACUACAUUAUUUUAUUUUUUUUAUCAUUAAAGUUUUUUAAAAACCCAACACUUACAGCCAGGGGUGUCUGGUGCCCACCCCUACUGCUUACAGCCCAUUAUGUAUCAUUCAAAUUGUUUAUCCCUCAGUGUUUUAAUUACAACAGCUACUGUACCUUUAAACAAUUUCAGUGAAACGAGGCAAGAUAUUGGCAAAGGAAAUAUUGUAUUUAGAAAAAAGACAAGAGUAAAUAUAAGGACACCCUACAUUACAUAAGAAAAUAAUUAUGCCUUCUUGUGUAAGUAAACAAGGUGUUUGUUUCAUUGAAAUAUACUUGUUUCUUUUUUUUA